AUGGAAUUCAUCGAUCAAGUUUUCAUAUUUCCUGUAUAUGUGUUUCAUGCCAGCGCUGACGUUCCAUGCUUUCUUCCUCGUCCGUCUGACUUGGCUCGUGUAGAAUUUAGUGAAGAAAAUGAAUCAAUAGUCUCUUGGAAAUCACAUAUUAUCUGGAACUUUUCUCAUUUUCCGUUCGAUCAUGACAACAAUAUACUCACCAGUUCAACAAUCGAUUACAAUACCAGUUUUACUUUCACCGAUGCUGAAGACAGCUCAUCUUACGGAGCACCAUUAGUGAAUUCCUGGUUCUAUAACUGCGUCUUAUGUGGAAGACCAUCCACUCGCUAUUAUUAUCUCCAAUCUAAAACAUAUUCGUUUGAGGAAUUACCGCGUGUCGGUACAAUUAAUCCAAUUAAUAUUACCAUAAUAGGUGACUUAGGAAACGACGAGGAAAUAAACCAUAAUGAUAAUUGUGACUCGUGUCAGAAAGCUUUUGCCGAGGUAUUUUAUAACUUCAAUGUUGACUUCUACUUUUGCGGUCAUGUUUAUUGGUCCGAAUGUCGUCAUCUAUUCAAUGGUGAAGGUGCAAAUACGCUUAAUGCGACGAGGAAGACCACUACAUCGGCGAAUAUUAUACCUGAUACCUAUGACUAUACACGAUGA